AUGCGUUUGAGAUCGAACGGUUUACAUAGGAGGGCAGCGAAGGUCUUUAUCAGGAGGACAUCACGGCCCCCCCAACAGCUUCUUCUACUUUCUGGCCUUAACACCCAAAAAUCCUUCAGCUAUUUAUUCUCCAUGGAAAGAUGCUCAUACACAGGCCCCGAUUCCAAAAAGAAUUCCAAGAAAAAAAGGAGGUUGGACAACCAAAACAAGAGGUUGAUGCUGUUGCGAGGACCUGUUGCCAAUCUGUCGCCUGGAGCGGAACUGUUGGAGUAUGAAUGUGAGCUGCUCGAGUGUCAUAAGCAGAUUCUUGAAGAACUAUGCCAACUAGGAUGUAUAUCAAUUGCUUCAACUGCUCUCAGAACUCUGAAAAUCGACUCAAAAAAAUGUCAUGUAGCGAAAGCAGGACAGGAGAUGGUAUUGUGCGAUGGAUGCCUCGGAGGAUGUCCAGAAAAACUUACUAGGGAGCAAUUGAACCUGUUGACUGAUAACUUCAGUGAGAAGAACUUUCUCGACUUUACCCAAUUUGGCAAAGUGUACCGCGGAAAAACUCCACAAGGCAUAGAGGUGUCUGUGAAAAUCUGGACUGCUGAUAAUAGCGUUUAUAACACCUGCAUUGUCGAAGGUGCAAGAAGACAAAAACAAGAGCUGUUAUUUUUGAAGCAACCUGAAAUACAAAACAAACUGCACUUGGUCAAGUCAAUUGGAUAUUGUCAUGAUUGGUCGAUUGGAUAUCGUCGUGAUGGUGAUAUGGUUGCUGUUGUCUAUGAUCUUAAACCCCUGGAUACCUUACACAACUGCAUCAAGAGAGAUACUUUUACUUGGCAUCAGCGAAUGAAUGUGGCACUUAAAUUUGCGUCUCUGCUUGAGUUUCUGCAUUCCCAUAAGCCGCCAUACUUAGUUCGCAACAUUGAUGCAGCUCAUAUAAUGCUUGACCAGGAUUCUAAUCCAGUACUGUUUGACUUUGGUAUGCUGCAUGGUGGAACUUUGCCUGAUAAGCUUUCUGCUACCCAUGGUUACACUGAAAAGUGCUUACUUGGUUGUUAUGGAUAUAUUGAUUCACUUUGUGCUGGCGACUGGACUGAGAAGGCAGAUGUAUUUGGGUUUGGUGUUAUACUUCUUAUGCUCAUAUCAAAAAGGGUCUGCGACAGGGAGGAUGUACUCAACUGUCUGUUGCAUGACAUACCAAUGCCUCUUGUUGAUGAUUGGGCGAGAGCGGAGUAUAAGAAGCUGAAGUCUCGUCGGGUUGAAUGCAGGCUUGUGGAUGAGAGCUUGAAGGGAGACCCGAGUUUUUGUGCUCGUGAUGGAAAAAAGGUCUCGAAGCUUGCAAUGCGUUGUGUGGAUUGUUCAAAUCUGGAAAAGCGGCCUACAAUGGCGGAGGUGGUUGUGAAUUUGCAGUCCUUGCAGUUGCUGAUAUGAGUAGUUCUUGGGUUCCGGCCAUGGACGGACCCAUGUAUCAUUUAUACAAGUCGUAAUUAUUAAUUUUAUUGUGUUUACUACUUGGAUUAGAUUAAAGCUCCUCCUAAUGUAUUUUUGUUUAUUAUUAUGUAUUGGUGUUUAUCUGUAGCUUGCUUUUUGUCUAGGGUUCGGGUUGCAAUCCUUGCCUUUUGUUCAUAUGUAUACAAGUGUGUGCAUAAUUAACAUUGGAAUGAAUAUUCAUGAACAAGUUAGUCCCUGCA